AUGUCCCCUGUGUCAGGGGACAUCUUGGCAGCCCCCAGCCCGACCACAGAGCUCUUACCCUUCGUGGGAGGCUCGUCCUGGGCCACCACGGUCCCCGCCUACGCCAAGGGGCCAGCUCCGAGCCCGGAGCCCGCCGAGCCCCCCGGUGCCAUCACACUGCCUGUGAGCUACCGCCUGUCCAACACCCGCUUGGCCUUCUUCCUCAAGGAGGUGGGAGCCAGCCCGGUGGGCAACGGCAGCGCUCCGCUGCAACGUGCCGAGCCCUUCGUCGUCUUCCAGACCAAGGAGCUGCCCGUCCUCAACGUCACCCUGGGGCCCUUCAGCACGGGGCUGGUGCUGCCCAAGGAGCAGCUGCAGCCCUCCAGCACCCUGGAGGUCCCCGACCGCCUCACCGUCAACUGGAAGGUGCGCGCCUUCAUCAUCCAGCCCCGGCUGGUGGCCAACCAGCCCGUGGUCCAAGUGCUCUUCUACGUAGCCGGCCGGGAUUGGGAUGACUUCGACGUCACCGACCGGCUGCCCUGUGUGCGGCUCCACGCUUUCCGCGAUGCCCGUGAGAUCAAGAGCUCGUGCCGCCUGCGGGGCAGCCUGGCCACGUGCCUGGUGCAGGCAGAGCUGCCCCACGCCUGGUUCGGGCCCCCCCUAAAGCCGGGUGAGGUGCUGAGCAUCCUCCUCUACCUGAUGUCCAACUCCACGGUGGAGCACUUCACGCUCAGGGUGAAGGCCAAGAAGGGCGUCAAUCUGCUCAGCACCAAGUCGAGGAGCGGGCAGUGGCUGGGGACCUCGGAGCUUCUGACGGGUGGCAAGCACUCCACUGCCACCGUCGACGUGACCAGGGUGGACGGUGCCGGGCCCAGGGAUGGGGAUUCCUCCUCUGAGAUCAUGCAGCUGGAUUUCGAGAUGGAGAACUUCACCAGCCAGUCGGUGACGCGCCGCAUCAUGUGGCACAUUGACUACCGGGGUCGCAACCCCCCGCCUGACCUGGAGAAGGUGGUGACGGAGCUGACGGUCAUCCAGAGGGACAUCCGGGCCAUCGUGCCUCUGGCCAUGGACACAGAAAUCAUCAACACGGCCAUCCUGACGGGGCGGACGGUGGCCAUUCCUGUGAAGGUCAUUGCCAUUGAGCUGAGCGGUGUCAUUGUGGAUGUCUCAGCUAUGGUCGAGUGCAAAUCCAACAACGAAGACAUCAUCAAGGUCUCCAGCAGCUGCGACUACGUCUUCGUCAGCGGGAAGGAGUCACGGGGCUCCAUGAGCGCCCGGGUCACCUUCACCUACGAGCACCUCUCUGCCCCGCUGGAGAUGACGGUGUGGGUGCCCAAACUGCCGCUGCACGUUGAGCUCUCGGACGCCCGGCUGAGCCAAGUGAAGGGCUGGAGGGUGCCCAUCCUGCCGGACAGGAGGUCGGUGCGGGACAGCGAGCAUGAGGAGGAUGAAGAGGAGCGGAAGCAGAGCCGGGGCUGUGCCCUGCAGUACCAGCACGCCACGCUGCAGGUCUUCACCCAGUUCCACACCACGGCGGCGGAGGGCACGGAGCAGGUGGUCACCAUGCUGGGACCUGACUGGCUGGUGGAGGUCACUGACCUGGUCAGCGACUUCAUGCGCGUGGACGACCCGCGGGUGGCCCACAUGGUGGACAGCUUCACGCUGUCCGGGAAGGAGCCGGGCACCACGCUCUUCAAGGUCGUGUCCCCGCUCAUGGAGGCAGUGCUGGGUGAGACGCUGGUGACGGUGGCUGAGGAGAAGGUCAGCAUCACAGACCUGAAGGCCCAGGUGGUCUCCAGCCUCUCGCUGUCCCUCCACCCCAGCCCUGGCAAUAGCCACACCAUCAUUGCCCGGACGUCUGUGCAGCAGACCCUCAGCUUCCUCAAGCAGGAGGCGCUCCUGAGCCUGUGGAUUUCCUACAGCGACGGCACCACGGCCCCUCUCUCCCUCUUUCACCCCAAGGACUACAACCUGGUGGUGAGCAGCCUGGACGAGAAGGUGGUCUCGGUGACCCAGGACCGGGCGUUCCCCUUGGUGGUGGCAGAGAGCGAGGGCGCGGGGGAGCUGCUGCGGGCUGAGCUGGUCAUCUGCGAGACCUGCCAGAAGACCAAGCGCAAGAGUGUGCUCUUCACAGCCUUGGCCAGUGUACGUGUCCAUUUUGGGUCCGAGGAGGACCCCACCUAUGACUAUGAUCACGUGCCCAGCAAGCCAGGACUGGCGGAGACGGGGGCGAGUACCACCCUGCGGGCAGAGGUGGAGAGGAAAGCAGAGCCAAGCGAGGACAGUAGGAUGUCCAGUGCAUCUCAUCCCACUGAGGACUUUCCUACCAUCCCCACUGGCUUUGUCCAGGUGACCAGGGGGCUGACGGACCUGGAGAUAGGCAUGUAUGCCCUCCUGGGUGUCUUCUGUCUGGCCAUCUUGGUCUUUCUCAUCAACUGCAUUGUUUUUGUGCUGAAAUACCGGCACAAACGCAUCCCACCUGAAGGACAGACCAACAUGGACCAUUCCCACCACUGGGUCUUCUUGGGCAACGGGCAGCCCUUGCGGGCUCACAAUGACCUCUCCCCCCAGCCCGAGAGCCCUGGGAACCCCCUGGAAAAUGUCCAGACCUGCUGCCACGGGGACCACCACAGCAGUGGGAGCUCGCAGACCAGCGUGCAGAGCCAGGUCCAUGGCCGUGGGGACGGUUCCUCAGGGGGCUCCACACGGGACCAGAGCGAGGACCCGCUCAACUCACCCACCUCCAAACGGAAGCGGGUGAAGUUCACCACCUUUGCCACGCUGCCCUCUGAUGAGCUGGCCUACAACUCCAUCCCCAUCGCCGAUGAGGAAGACUUGGAGUGGGUCUGUCAGGACAUGGGGCUGCAAGACCCUGAAGAGCUUCACAACUACAUCCGCAGAAUCAAAGAGAUCGCUUAA